AUGGCGUUAUUUUUAGACCAAUCGUUCGAUCUAGUUAAGAAAAUAAGCAUGGAGACUGAAAGUGACUUUAUUUUGAACAAAAACACGGUCCAUUAUUCAGAUGUAACAGCCGAACAGACGUCGUCCUCACCUGAAGUGGAAAGAAAUAACAACCCAGACGGCCAGAGGAAAAGAAAAAGUACCAUCUUCAGCCGCGCGCAGCUGUCAGAACUUGAGCGCGCGUUCGUGGUGACCCCGUACCCAGACAUCACCCUGCGCGAGAGCCUAGCCGCGCUCACGUUACUGCCCGAAAGCAAGAUUCAGGUGUGGUUUCAAAACAGACGAGCUCGCAGUAUGAAAAGUAAAAAGCUGUCCAGACCAGUCAGGAGUCCAGCAAGAGCCGUUUCCUCCAACCAUGUAACUUCCAUUCCACAGAUCAACCCUGGUUUGACCUCAGAACAGACAGAAAGACCUGACAGAUAUCAAACAGCGAGCAGGAGCCCUGGUCACCAUCAGCACAGCUUCAGACAAGCACUGAGUCCCUGGUCUCAAAACCUCCCUCAUCCCAUCUCUCCAGACCUCCCUGGAGUCCCGCCCUGGGGAAACAGACACCCUCAUACAUCGGCAUCUUUCUCAUCCGACAGACCAGCUCAACAUCCGUUCCAAAAUCGGCCAGACUGUCUCUGGCAGAUGAACUGCUUCGCGUCUCCUGAAGAGUUUUCAGGCCAUCAGUUGAAGUCAUAUUGUAGUUCCAGUCAGUCCAUUUACAGUUGUGUGUCUGAGGAGCAAGCGAUCUCUGCACAUCAGGCCUGUAUGGAAGGAGCUGUGCAUCGACAGAGUCAAGCCGUCAUUCACUAUCCUCAGACAUCACUGGGAGAUAUUUCCGAACUUAUUUAUAGUGCAGCCGUGGUCACCAACCUGGAAGACUGCUAACAAGUGUUGUUUUAAUACAGUAAUGUCAAUUAUAAAUACUUUGAAAACUAUUAGUAUCAUGAGAUCCGUAGGCCUACAGCAACAAAACGAAUGGUGCUCUACAAUGCCUGUUGUGAAUCUCAAACUUGAUUAUUUAUAUGUAAUAAUACAAACUAAAAAAACGUCAAAAGUGGAAAUGUAAAUAAUGUUCUUUGUAUGGCUUGUGUGACGGGAAGCUUAGUCCCUUUGUGUUCUCUCAUUUCAAGAUUUAAACUGUUUGAUGUGUUUUGACUUGUAAAAACUAUCGCGUUGUUUCUUUUUUUAACCAAAUUAAAAGCAUUCAUUUCACUAACAUUGUUGCGUGUAGUUUUUGCGUAGGCUAUGUGAUUUCUUCGCCUCCCGUUUGUUCGCAAAACAAUGAUAGCCUAUGUAUUAUUAUUAAAAAAGAAAGUACAAUGAUGAAACAUUAUGAAAAUGAAUAUAAAAGCAUCAAAAUAAAU